CCCAGUCUCCGCGCCCCUACUCCGCCGCCUGGUAUUCACCUCGCCAUGGUUCUUCUGCCUCUGCGCUGUCUCUUCUGGGGCUCCUUGUUGACCGCCGUCCACCCAGAACACACUGCAUGCAGAGAAAAGCAAUACCUAAUAAAGAAUCAGUGCUGUAAUUUGUGUCCGCCAGGAGAGAAACUGGUGAAUGACUGCACAGAGACCAUCAACACAGAAUGCACUCGCUGCAAAACAGGCGAAUUCCUAGGCACUUGGAACUCAGAGAGACGCUGUCACCAGCACAAAUACUGCGAUCCCAACCUAGGGCUCCGGGUCCAGAGGGAGGGCACCUCAGAAACAGACACCACUUGCACCUGCAAUGAAGGUCUCCACUGUACCAGCAACACCUGUGAGAGCUGCACCCUGCACAGCCUGUGCCCCCCUGGGCUGGGAGUCAAGCGGAUCGCUACAGGGGUUUCUGAUACCAUUUGCGAUCCCUGCCCUGUCGGCUUCUUCUCCAAUGUGUCAUCUGCUUUGGAAAAGUGUCACCCUUGGACAAGCUGCAAGACCAAAGGCCUGAUGGAGAUUCAGGCGGGGACUAACAAGACGGAUGCUGUCUGUGGUCCCCCACCUCGGAUAAGAGCCUUGGUGGUGAUCCCCAUCACGAUGGGGAUCCUGCUUGCUGUCCUGUUGGUGUCCGCCUGUGUCAGUGAGUCCCCAGGAAAAGUGGCCAAGAAGCAAGAGGCUAAGGUUAUGUGUCAGGGCCCCGUGGAGGACCAGGAGGAUCCUGUGCCCGCCCAGUCCAUUGCUCCGGUGCAGGAGACCUUACACGGCUGCCAGCCGGUGACCCAGGAGGACGGCAAAGAGAGCCGCAUCUCGGUGCAGGAGCGAGUAUGAGGCAGUGCGUGCCCAGGACUGUGGCAGCAGGGGAAGACGGGGCCGCCGAGC